AUGGCGGUGUCAGCUGUGACAUUGCCGACCACGCGUAUCGCUGUGGUCGAGGGCAAUGAUCACCGCCUCAUCAUCGACGACAAUGCUCCGCUCCCGAACGUCCGACCCGAUGAAAUACUGGUGCAGGUGAAGGCCGUUGCUAUCAACCCAUGCGAUUACAAGAUGCACGAGCGAUUCCCCUGUCCUGGGGCGGUCGACGGUUGCGAUUUCUCGGGGGUGAUCGUCGCAAUCGGGUCGGAGGUGGCAAAUUUGAGCAUCGGGGACCGAGUCUGCGGGGCAGUCCACGGCUCCAAUCCUGUUCGGCCCGAAUCGGGCGCCUUCGCCAACUAUAUAGUAUCCGAGUCCGAAUUUACACUGAAAGUGCCAGACAGCAUGUCUUUCGAAGAGGCUGCCGGCCUCGGAGUAACGGGCCUGGCGACACUGGCUAUGGCGCUGUUCAAGGCUUUGGCUUUGCCGGGGAUGCUGGACGCGCCGGCGCCGAAGCCGCGGACGGUGCUCGUGCACGGAGGUAGCUCCUCCGUAGGGACGAUGGCGAUGCAGUUGGUGAGACUUGCCGGACAUAUACCCAUAGCUACAUGCUCUCCCAGAAACUUUGAUCUAGUCAAAAGUUUCGGCGCGGAGGAGGUCUUUGACUACAACAACCCAGACUGCGCCAAAGACAUCAAGUCUUACACGAAGAAUUCCCUCUCUUAUGUACUUGACCCAUUCACCGAUGCCAAAAGCAUCGCGCUCUGCUACGGGGCAAUGGGCCGUGCCGGGGGGCGCUAUUCCUGCUUGGAGAUGUAUCCUGACUACAUUCUCGAUCGCAAAACGAUCAAAGUGGGCUUCGUAAUGGGCCCUGCUCUCCUAGGCCACAGGCUCGCGCUUAGCGACGGUUAUGAGAGAGAUGAGGAUCCUGAAAUGCGUGCCUUCGGUGUGCAGUGGUACAAGAGUGUGCAGACAGUGUUGGACCAAGGCAAGAUAAGGCCGCACCCAUUGAGGGUGUUGGGCAAUAGCUUCGAAUCAGUGCUAGAAGGUGUUGACAUGCUAAAGCGAAAGGCGGUUUCCGGCGAGAAAUUAGUAGUAUUGUUUGACUAA